GUAUUGAAUCGCAUCCGUGCGAUGGGACCCUGAAUACCUGGUUCUGUGCUCUAGCCCGUAGCCAAAAUCGAGGACUUCUACACACAUGUUGCUCCAUCCCUCCUUUCGAGACGGCUCAGAGGCUCAGCGAUAAAUCAUGAUAAAUCCGUAUAGGAAGGUGCAACAUCAGUGCCAUGAUCUCCAGAGCGUAUCGAUGCGUUCUGCGCUCGCAGCACAGGUGGGCCGUCGUGCGAGAAAGGCAUCUCAGCAGCUUGAGACUCUCUGUGCAGCCGGUUGCUACGGCUGACUUGGACACUGUGGGGUUGUGGUGUUUGGUCGAGGAGGCAAGGUCGUCGAGGACGCCCACGCAAGCGGGAUCCGGGUCCCGAUCGCCCAAGACUUCGAGGGCACUGGGCGAUGGCAGUGGCAGUUGGCGAUGUUGUGAUUGUGGGGUUGAGAAGAGACGGGAUGGCUUUUCUGUAAGUGCCAAAGGCUAUGUUCGCUCGUACUGCAAAAGUUGUGACAAUCAGAGAAGGGCUAAUUAUGCUCGAACCCUUCGCGGAAAUGCUGUUUGUCUUGUUAGCAGUGCCAAAAAUCGAUCAAAAUUGAAGGGUUGGGACUGCAAUUUGGACGUUGACUUUAUCCUUGACACAGUCCUGCAACAGCAAGGAAAAUGUGCGUACUCGGGUGUUCACAUGGAGAUGCUGUUACCGCACUCAGACUGGCGAAUGUCAUUGGAAAGGGUGGACAAUGCUGCGGGGUAUGUGCGGGAGAACUGUGUUCUUAUUGCUGCAGAAUUCAACUCCACAGAAAAGUUGAGCAGAAGAGUCCCAAUGUCAGCAACAUUUGGAUCUUCCAAAUGGUCUUUGGAGAAGGUUCAGAAUUUCAAUUCUGAGCGACUGUCGAACGUGGACUUGCAUGGCUUGAAUAGGUUGAUCAGCGCUGCACGUGAGGGAUACCGCUCCCUUUCUCGACCUGUUGGUUUCACCGCCCCCAAGUGUGACAAACUUGAGGAAGUUGAGGCGAUCUUUGGAAGAUUCAGGUGUUUGAGGUGUGGGGUUUGGAAGCCUUUGGAGUGUUUUCACUUGUGCAGCCAAAGCGCAAGAGGUCAUCGAAGUCAAUGCAAGCAAUGCAAAGCUGCUUACGAUUUUGCCUGCAGGACGACUUUGCGUGGACACAUACAAAGCAUGCUUGGGCAUGCCCGUGCCAGGCAUAAACUGGGCAAGUGGCACGGCAACUUUGAACUUGAUUGUGCUUCAGUGCUGGAGAUGAUGGUGUCUCAACAAGGGCGUUGCUUUUACUCCGAUGUCCCCUUGCGUUUUGCGCAGCUCAACGUUGAUUGGAUGGUGUCACUAGAAAGGCUCGACAACAGCAAGACAUACACACAAGACAACACAGUGCUGGUGGCGUUGGAAUUCAACACUCCAGAUCAUAGUCGCACUGCCAAAUCAGAAGUGUUUGGCUCUGGCCAGUGGUCCAGGCGCAAGGUGGAGCAUGUUUGGGGGAGUUUGGGAGAGGCCUGUCACUUUGUUUGAGCUAAAAUCGCAGAUCGAGGUCUUGCUCAAGGGCUUGGAAAAAUAUAUUGAGCAAAUCAGACCUUGAAAGGUAGUCCUAGACCCCUUGUGGUCUUGCUCUGCACAAGAACAUGGAGCUGGUAAUCCAUGGAGCUGCUGACCUCCUUUGGAAUUCUGAGGAGCUGUGAACUUUGGCUUUCGAUAGGCAUUCAGAUGUAUCCGGAUUUAUCAUAAUGUAUCCAUGGCUCCCGAGUUGUUGGCUGUAUAGCUUUGGGCCGUGAUAGUUCGCCGCAGAACUCAUCUCACGUAUAUGAGCUGCUUUGGAAGGACCCAAA